GUCACAUGACCGGACCAAAGUCUCAACAGCUCACUAAAACAGAAGUGGUGUGAGGAAAAGCUGCUAUGGCAGAUUGUACACAGAUAAGGUGACUGUAGAGUGAGAGUAUUUAUACAUUAACCCUCGUGACAUGCCCGAGUUUCUACCAGCAUCCUCUGAGAUACAAUGGCGUUGUUGUUGUUGCCAUCAUCUGCACUUUUGGCUCUUGUUUUCCUCUCAGCAGAAGUGACCCUCUCUACAGGAAGCAAUGAAUGUGUUGCCAGAAACUUUGGCCAUGACUCGGUGGUGUGUGAGUGUAAUUCAACCUACUGUGACAGCGUUGGGUCGGUCACCUCGCCUCCACUGGGCCAGUACUCCUCCUACCUGAGCAGCAGGGCCGGCAGCAGACUGGAGGCGGGCCGGGGUCAAGUCCAGGCCAACAGCACCGGAGCAGGCCUCAGGUUGACUAUCGUUCCCAGCCAGAAGUACCAGAGGAUCAGGGGAUUCGGUGGCGCUAUGACAGACGCAGCAGCCAUUAACAUCCUGUCUCUCUCUGCUGGUGCACAGGACCAGCUGCUGCGACAGUACUUCUCCCCUGAAGGUAUCGGCUACAGCGUGGUGCGUGUCCCCAUGGCCAGCUGUGACUUCUCCACCCGUCUGUACACGUACGCCGACACACCUGGAGACUACAACCUGGACAAUUUCACACUGGCCCCCGAGGACAUCAACAUGAAGAUCCCUCUCCUGCAGCGUGCUCAGGCCUUGUCUCCUCGCCCUCUGUCUCUGCUGGCCAGCGCCUGGAGCGCCCCCGCCUGGAUGAAAACUAACGGUGCUCUCAUAGGAAAAGGCUCCCUGAAGGGCCAGCCUGGGGGCAAGGAGCACAAAACCUGGGCUCAGUACUAUAUCAGGUUCCUUGAGGAAUACGCUAAAUAUAACUUGACCUUCUGGGCUUUGACCACAGGGAAUGAGCCCUCUGCAGGACGGAUGACAAACUACAGUUUCCAGGCUCUUGGCUUCACUCCCGAGGAGCAGAGGGACUGGGUGGCUCUGGACCUGGGCCCUGCCCUGCACGAUUCUUCACACCCACGCACACACGUCCUCAUACUGGAUGACAACCGCCUGCUGCUGCCGCACUGGGUCAAAGUGGUCCUAAAUGACAUUCAUGCAGGAAGGUACAUUCAUGGCGUUGCAGUUCACUGGUACUGGGACGGGAUGGUCCCAGCAGAGAUAAGCUUGGGAGUCAUCCAUCAUCUCUACCCAGAGUAUUACCUGUUUGGCACCGAGGCCUGCUCCGGCUGGAGCCCUCUAGACAGAGGAGUGAAGCUAGGGAGUUGGGACAGGGCUGAAGAGUACGCUCAUGACAUUAUAGAGGACUUAAACCACUAUGUGGUGGGUUGGACUGACUGGAACCUGGCGUUGGACCAGACUGGUGGGCCAAACUGGGUUAAAAACUUUGUGGACAGCCCUGUUAUAGUGGAUGCACAGCGGGACGUCUUCUACAAGCAGCCACACUUCUACAGCAUGGCCCACUUCAGUAAGUUCCUGUGGGAAGGGUCUCAGAGAGUGGGAGUGUCUGCCAGUCAGAAAACAGACCUGGAGUACUCUGCCUUCAUCAGACCAGAUGGCUCAGUAGUGCUCAUCAUACUCAACAGGUCUUCAUCAGUGAUCCAGUUUGAAGUCUGGGAUCCCGCUGUGGGCUACAUCUCCUCCACAGCACCGGCUCAGUCACUGCUCACACUUGCCUGGAACACACACUGAUCAGUAAUACAAGUUCACAUUCAUUUGUUCCACCUCAACCAUAAAUGUUUCUAUGCACAAUUCAAAAUGCUCCAAAAAGUAAGCAUUUCAUGUUGGAACCUUCACUUUUAUUACUUUGAGUGCUUUGUCGUUAUCAAGCCACUCACACGCACAUUUUCUAAUUAACUUGUGCAAGACAUUUUUUUUUUUUUUCAUAUGCUGUGCUUUCCUCCACAGCUUUGGUGAUUUCAGUGGUCACUUAAAUUAACCUCAGCAAACCAGAAUAACCUCAACUCAUUUGAUUUUCAUUUAAAAGCCUAAAAUGCUUUUUUUUAUGCACAGAUUCCUAUUAGGAAUGGUACCUGAAAGUAAUGAAUGUAUCACCAGAAUGACCUGUGCUGAAGCGUAACUGGUGCCUUGAUUUCCAGCUAAUAAGAUGCUAUAAGUGUUCUCACCUUCUCUGAAGAAAUAAUAUAAAUAAUGUACAGAAAUUGUAAAUGCCUUUUGCUGUUGCUAUUUAAUUGAAUGAAGUGUGUAUUGUUUUAAAAUAUCCUACGUUUUUGUAUCUUAAUGACAUUAAUAAUCAUCAAUACAAACAAUGAAAAUUCAA